GAUCACCUUUGACCCGGGCUGCAGAACGGGUUUGAUAAGUUAACAGCCCAUGUGACAGUGUCUCCAGCCCAGGGAACUGGGUGGAGAACUGUCUCCCUGCCUGAUACAGGUGAGGACACGGGAUCAAAGAACAAUCGGAAGAAGAGUGUGUUUCCUGGCUGUCAGCUCGCCAAUAGUUUUGAAGAUGUCCCGCCAGCAAGACAGGGCUGUGUCAAAGAACAAGCCUGACGGCACCGCCUUCACCCAGCAGCGACUACCGGCCUGGCAGCCCUUCCUAUCGGCUGGCUAUGUCCUCCCCACAUUCUUCCUGUUGGGUUUGGUGUUCAUUGCAAUCGGCCUUGGGCUCUACUUCACCUCCAACAAUGUCAUCGAAAUCGAGCUUGAAUAUACGGGCAAAAGCCCAAAUAGUUCAUGCCACCAUUGCACCAAGAAUGGUACCAAGGAUUGCAAGUGCACCAUUGAAUUCAAGGUGGACAAGAUGUUGCCGGGUCCUGUUUUCAUGUAUUAUGAAUUAGUGAACUUCUAUCAGAAUCAUCGGAAAUAUGGAGUCUCCCGAGAUGACGAUCAACUGAAUGGAGAUUUGAAAUAUUUAAAGGAACCUUCUGAAUACUGUUUUCCAUUUCGUUGGGAUGGACAGGACAGACCUAUUGCUCCAUGUGGAGCCAUUGCAAACAGCAUGUUUAAUGAUUCCUUUGUGGUGCGUAAGGUAGACAAUGAUGUCUCCAUGGUGCCUCUAAACAGCAAAGGAAUUUCUUGGUGGACUGAUUACAAUGUCAAAUUCAAUAACCCCAAGUUAGACAAUGGAACUGAUCUAAAGCAGGCAUUUGAAGGAACUGUAAAACCUAACAACUGGCCCAGGCCAGCAUACGAGCUAGACACGAACCCAGAAAAUAAUGGCUUCAUCAAUGAAGACUUUAUUGUUUGGAUGAGGACAGCAGCCUUGCCAACAUUUCGCAAACUCUAUCGUCGUAUUGAUGAUGGGCUGCAGCCAGGAAACUAUUUGGUGGAGAUACAUUACCAUUAUCCAGUGUUAAGUUUCAACGGACAGAAACGAGUGACUUUUAGCACCAUAUCCUGGAUGGGUGGGAGAAACCCAUUCCUAGGGAUUGCCUAUCUUGUGUGUGGCAGUGCCUGCAUCAUUACAGGAAUAAUAAUGUUCAUAGUCUACAUUAAAUAUCAAGGACAGAACAUCCGCAAAGUGGAAUAAUCACACAAUGCAAUACCUGUGAAGCUUACUAAGAAUUUCUUUCAGAAACUACGGGUGUUUACUAUAAAUUAACUCUACACUUACUAAAUUAAUCUUGGGCAAAGUGCAGAAAUUUAGCUUUUUGUUUUUUUAAUAUUUUGUAUUGUGCUCUCUCUGUAGCUCAAAUGAUUUAUACACUUUUUAAACUUGUUUUAAUUUCACAGAUUUAUUGUCACCAUGAAAGAUUGCAAUGGUGAAUGUCGGAAUACUUAGUGUUGAGUUAAGGAAAAUGGUUUUUAAAAUUGUGAUCACUUGUGUACCAAUGAUUCCAGCAGUAAGAUUUCUUGUGCGAAUCUACUUGAUAUAAUCAAUUAAUUUGAUAUGUUUUAUUAGGUUAUUACAGUAAAACUCCAUUUUACAAUU